UCGCCCCAAAGUAGCACGAGUAGCUAACGGUCCGUUUAGCAUUUAGUCUACACACCUUGAUAUAUAGCAAACACUGCAGAGUUUCAUCGUCUGCCAUCAACGCCUCACCUAGAAUUCUCUCAUCGUAUCUCGAGUUCAACAUCAUGUCAGCUUUGGCCGUUAGAAGGAGAAGAAAGUCCUCAGGCGACUGCAUGCACAUGAUAUGUCGAGGACUCUCGAUCGACCAUUCUGCGCUCGAACCGCGCAGGAAUUUCGCGCAGACCAAUCUCCCACUGACUCCGCCAUCGACACCAACCAAGUCUGUUUCCCAGGCUACGCAUCAAAGGAUCGCCGAAGCCAGGAAGAAGUGGAAACUUUCUCGAGGUUCCAGGUCCAGUCUUACCUCUUCGUUUACAACAAGCCCGGCUGCUGUGUCGCUGAGCUGUCCGCGCGCCAUCUUCAAAUCAUCUGAGCACCAGACCCCUCGAGCCGUGAAAGAAGGUCAUCAUGAUGAACCCCAGGCGUACCAGUGGCGGUCGCCUACUUGGUCUCUUCCCGAUACUCCUCUGCGGUCACCAACUUCACACGGGCCCGACACCCCACCACAUUCACCCACCUCUCGCCUGCCCGACCAAACCCCACGCCCCUCUCCAGUCAUCCGCGAGGCGGACUUGGUCAGGCGCACAAUUGUCGACAACACAGAGCUCGGUCCUUCUCCAGGAAAGCUCAACCGCAUGUCAUCGGUGACGAAGACCCUAAAACGGAACGCGAGCUUGAUGCUGCCCAAGGCUCCGCUUCCCAGGCUGCAGGAACACGAUGAACACCAAGGGAGCGCGCAACAGCACCAUUCAUUGUUGCCAUUGAGGGAACGCCCGUUGGUCGGAAGACGUGCGGUCAGCGACGAGGCGCCUCACUCUCAUUCGGAGUUUCCUUCCACCACGCAAAAAUGUGUUGCGUCAAUGACGCGGACGUUGAAGCGGAGUGCCAGCGCCGUGGUACCGAAGCUGCACCAGCUCCAUCAGGCGAAACUGCUCGGAAGUCCUGAGCAGACGCCGCUUCCUAGGUCUCGGCCGAGACGGGAUGUAGAUGAAAAGAAGUUGCGGACAUCGAAAUACGAGGACACAAGCCAGGAGACAAAGCCUCCUAUACCAUAUUAAUCGAUGCAACGAGGGGAUAUUAGUUCCUGACUGGGCCUCCCCUUUCCCAAUGGCAGACAAGAGGCAAAUAUGGUGU